AUGCAUUCCACCCCCGAUCUCCCCCCCGACCCCGUCGACGCCCCUGUCGAGAUCCCACGAUCCGGCACACAGCGCGAGCGGAGACCAAGGCGCACACGACGCUCAAUGGCCAUCGUGCGCCGGGCGCCAUGGCGCGACGACGACGACCGCGAGCGCGAGCGCAUACAGCAUAGCUUGCAUUGUUCACUCUUCAAAGGCACCCCUCGCGAUGACAAAGCACUGACAAAGCCCAAACCCGCGUCUUCGUAA